AUGGCAAAUAUGAGUGGGUGCAGUAGCUGCUACAUGCUACAACACCACAAGCAGCUGCUCAUACCAGUGCUGCUUCUGGUUAUUAUGGGUGCCGUCUUUCCAUCUUCCUCUUCCUCCCAACCCACCCGCCGAUUUCACUUCAAUGUAGAGUGGACGAGCACAAGGCGUUUAUGCCACACAAAGCAACUGCUAACGGUGAAUGGCAAGUUUCCGGGGCCUACCAUUGCUGUUAAAGAAGGUGAAAAUGUGGAGGUUAAGGUCACCAACCACGUUGCCACCAAUACCACCAUCCACUGGCAUGGAGUAAGGCAGCUGCGAACGGCAUGGGCGGAUGGGCCGGCUUAUAUUACACAAUGCCCCAUAGGAAAAGGGCAAUCAUACACAUACAAGUUCACCGCGGUGGAACAGAGGGGCAUUCUCCUCUGGCACGCCCAUCUCUCCUGGCAACGAGCCUCUGUGUAUGGUGCUUUCAUCAUCUAUCCUCGCAUGCCUUAUCCAUUCUCUCCUCCAUUAAAUAUUCAUGCUGGUCAAGAAAUCCUCAUUCUAUUGGGGGAAUGGUGGAACAAAGAUGUAGAUGAGGUGGAGAAGGAAAUGAUGAUGUAUGGAGGUGGGCCUAAUGCUUCAGACGCUUACACCAUCAAUGGUCUUCCCGGCCCCCUCUAUCCUUGCUCCAUCAAAGAUUCGUUCAUCCACACGGUGGAUCAGGGCAAAACCUACAUGCUCCGGAUCAUUAAUGCAGCGCUGAAUCAGGAGCUCUUCUUCGCCAUAGCCAACCACACGUUGACAGUAGUAGAGAUCGACGCAGUUUACACCAAACCAUUCAGCACCGACGCCAUCAUGAUCGCUCCAGGCCAAACCACAACCCUUCUCCUCACCGCCGACCAACCCGUUAAAUCAUCGCCUUCUACUUUUGCAAUGGCAGCCAGGCCUUAUCUCACCUCCAUUUUCCCAUUCAACAAUUCCACCGCCAUUGCCUUCUUGAUGUACAAGACCAAGAACAAAAAUAAUAAUAAUAAUUUUUCUACUGUGCUCCCCAAUAAGCUGCCUGAAAUGAAAGAUACAGCCUUCGCCACCCAAUUCACACAGAAGCUGCGAAGCCUGGCGUCGCCUCAGUACCCAUGCAACGUGCCCAAGAAGGUUGACAAGCGAGUGGUGACCACCAUCAGCCUCAACCUUCAAGAUUGUCCCCAAAACCAAACCUGCAAGGGCUACGCCGGCAAGAGGUUCUUCGCCUCCAUGAACAACCAGUCCUUCGUUCGUCCUUCCAUCUCCAUUUUGGAAUCACAUUACCGCGACCUUACCCGCAGCAGCGGUGGUAAUAGUAUUGCUGCCAGCCAUCUCACCGGCUCCUCCUUCGAUGACUUCCCCGAGAAACCCCCCAAGCAAUUCGAUUACACGGGCGUCAAUCCCUUCUCCGAAAACAUGAACUCGGAGUUCGGGACGAAGCUGCUGGCGGUUCCAUACGGCACAGAUUUGGAAAUCGUGCUGCAGGACACCAACUUCCUGAAUCCGGAGAACCAUCCGAUCCACGUGCACGGUCACAACUUCUUCGUGGUGGGGAGCGGAGUGGGGAACUUUGAUGCGGGGCGAGAUCCUGGCGGGUACAACCUGGUGGAUCCUCCAGAGAGGAAUACAGUGGCGGUUCCCAGUGGGGGAUGGGCGGCAAUCCGGUUGAAGGCGGACAAUCCGGGGGUGUGGUUCAUACACUGCCAUCUAGAGGAGCAUACUUCUUGGGGGCUUGCCACGGCCUUCCUUGUCCUCGACGGUCCACACUCCUCUCAAUGCUUGCUCCCUCCCCCUCUUGAUCUUCCCUCAUGUUGA